AUGGAAAUUGUGGAAUUCACCGUCGAGAUGAUAUACUUUAUGUGUUGUCGAAAAACACGGGAUAUUAUUCGGCGUCGACGACAGCGCAACCAAGUAGUCCGAUUGCAUCUGCGAAAGCACUUUGUUGAGACGUCGUCAAUGUUUUCAAAGCAGGUAGAGCCAUCUACCACGAUGGAUACGUUGGACAACAUUGAGGACUCUGAACUCAGUGAAAAUAACUCCACUAGGCAAUAUUUGCCAUACGAGUGA